GACGGAGCAGUCACGGCGUCGGCUGAGGAGAUGGCCUCGGCGGGUAUCCCUGCAGCCCCGACGCAGCCUGCCUUGCCCUCCGGACCUGCCGUCUUCAAAACCAUCCCCUAUGCAUUCAUCCUACCAGAGAUACUUAUACUGAAUGCACAAAGGUGGUCUUCGUGAUGUAAUUUUUUUGGAACAGCUUGAGGACAAGAUAUGGUCCAGCUCCAUCCCAGAGCCCACUGGGGGGUUGCCUUCUGCUGUAGGGUUGGGAGAGCCUGAAGAGCUGCCAUUGCCUCUGGGGCAGGAGCAGCUCUAGUUAUUGCAUAGAAAUUGCUUGAAAAAUCAAGGGAAUUUUGUACACUGUAUUACGCCUUUCCAGGGGCUUGAAGGCAAUUGGGUGUCUUGUAGUGUGUGACAUUCCAGGAAUCUUUCAAUUGCUUCUGGGUCCAGAGAGCACCCGGUGGGACUGGCUGAGAUAACUGCUGGUGUACUUUGACGCAUGACACAGCGUCGACGACCCAUGGUCCGUGGAUGCAAUCCCAGCAGCCGUGCGCCACCUGGGCUGGUGGGCUCAGAUCCCCACUGCAAACCUGGAGGGGUUUCAUCCGCCUGCGCUGGAGUGGCACGGGGCUUAUCCAGAUAACCCCGGGUGCUCUUUGGGCACGGUAAAUAUUUUAGGUGGACCCAGAGCGAGCGACUCACUCUGGGCUGGUGCGUGGAGUCAGGAGGAGACUUUCUUGUGCCAUGAUUUCAAGCCCAGGAGAUUAACAGGUGGGCAGGGCUGGGCUGACACGGCCGUUCACCUUUCCCAGGUAAAAGCACAUUUUCUGGCUUUUCCGGCAAAGUCUUCAGGGUGAGAUGGUUCCUCAUGUUGAACACAGCAGCAAACUUUUCCCCCUGUUGUAAGAAAUGUUUUGAAGGAUCUCCCAAGAGCGUUCAGGGAAACUCGUGCCAGCUUGUGGUGCUGCUGUUGUGCCAGGAUGCUCCAGGAGGCUGCUCCCCGCUGCCUGAAGAUGCGGGGCUUUCCACGGCUGCCCAGGCCAGCCCAGGAGGGAGGCGAGGAGGAACUCGGGGAGGAGAAGGGGCUUUCCCCAUCCCAUGCUCAUCAAAGGCACCUGUGUUUGUCACUGGCAGCUCUGUGGGACCUGGGUGUGGAUCCUUGUCGCUGCUACCUCCGUCUCCCUCCCGCUGCUGCAGGGAUGGGUGAUGUACGUGUCCCUCAGCUCCUGCCUCAUCUCCCUGCUGCUCCUCAUAAGCUACAUCUUUGGCUUUCACAAAAACAGCGAGAACUGGAAAGUGCUGGACAGUUUGUACCACGGCGCCACGGCCAUUCUGUACCUGAGCGCGGCUGUCUUGCAAGCCAACGCAACCAUCACGUCUGAGUUCGGCCCCAACUCGCCGCUUUACUACCAGCUCAACAGCGCCGCCUCGUUCUUCGCCUUCAUCACGACCUUCCUGUACGUCCUCCAUGCCUUCAGCAUCUACUACCAGUGAGCCCAGCGGUGCCAGCUUGGCCUCUGCAGGAGAGAGCUUCCCUAGCAGGAGGGAUGCAGCUGUCUUCCACGAAGAUGGCCCUGGCCCAGCCCUGUCACUAACCCCGCGGGGAGGGCAGUUGCUUUUUCACUUCAUUAAAAGAGGGAUUUUUGUUCAGCGGUGUCGGGUCGGUGCGCGCACUGGGGAUGUUUUGCACGUGGCCCAUGGGCUACACAAAGGGGAGGGACUGGGUGCAGGCUCCAAGCCAGCCUCCCGCUCUGACGUUCGGCCAAGGAAUAG